GUGCACCCAGUGUUAAUGAAGUUCAAAUCGGUAAACAUUUUAGUGUUUUUUAACAAGUUGUAAGGAAUAUUUCACAGAAUAAUUUCGCGACUCAAAGAGCAAGAUGCGGCUUCUAUUGCUAGUCGCGGUGGUGGUCAGCGCACGCGCAUUCGACCUCGCCCAGUCCACACAAUCCGUUAAAGGAGGCCAGCACAGCUUCCAGUACCGAGGAGGUGACGUCACCAGAUUCUUCAACAAUGGGUCGUCAUCCCACACCAGUGGCGGGGGUGGCUACGGGCAAGCGCCGUCAGUCAACUUUGAAGUCGGCGUAUGCUACAUCGAAGUGCCUACUGCCACUUUAGUGCGAGACCCAGCUCAUGUCCCUGCAGGUAAUGGGUCACGCCCGGACCUCAGCCGUAUCCGGACGUGCUGCAAGGGCUACACACGAAACGUGUAUAACCACAAGAUCUGCGAGCCAGUCUGCAGCCAGGAGUGCGUGAACGCGCUCUGCACCGCUCCAGACACCUGCACCUGCUUCCCUGACCACGUCAGGAACCUUGCUGGGAUCUGCGUCGCCACCUGUCCUAUAGGCUGCCAGAACGGACACUGCUCAGGCGGAGAGUGCCUGUGUAAAGAGGGAUACAAGCUGGACAUAGACGGACGAUUCUGCUUGCCAAACUGCAGGCUUAACUGCGGUGGAUUGGGCAACUGCACUGCCCCCAACACUUGCGAGUGCAAUACAGGCUACCGGUCUACCCCGGACGGCUCGUGCCAGGCGAUCGACCGGUGCACCAACGGGGACUUCGUGCGGGGCCAGUGCCGCUGCCACGCCGGCUACGCCAGGGACACCCAAGGGGACUGUAUGCCUCAUUGCAACCAAAAUUGUGGCCCAAAUGGAAAAUGCUUAGCACCGAACGUAUGCAGUACGUCCCCUGACGCGGAACGACUACCUCCUGGCCAGAGACCAAGCCCUCAAAACCCUGCAGGCGGCUCUGGACAGAAUACUUACAAUUUCAACUCUUAUAAUCCCUAUUAUCCUUAUCCCUCUAGUCAGAAUGGAUCACACCCAAAUCAAGGCACCUAUCAACCGAACCCAUCUCAUCCUCAUAAUCAAGGUUCUAACUAUCCUCAAUAUCAGAAUUCUCAAAACGGAUCACAAGCAAAUCAAGGCUCCUAUCAACCGAACCCAUCUUAUCCUCAUAAUCAAGGUUCUAACUAUCCUCAGUAUCCGAAUUCUCAAAACGGAUCACAAACAAAUCAAGGCCCCCAACCCAAUCCAUUAUAUCCUUACAAUCAAAAUCACCAGUAUCCAUACCCUCAAAACUCAACAAAUCCUCAAUACAACAUAUCUUAUGGAACUCAUCACUAUCCCUUGACUCCAGGCAGUCAAAUUGGUCAGAAUCCUCAGUAUAAUCAACCGCAAUACCCCUACAAUCCACAAAACACACAAAACCCAUCAAAUCAAGCGUCAAACCCUCAGUAUCCCUCAUUCCAAACAAUCAACGUGACUUAUCCUCAUCCUAUGUACCCGGACAAUCAAGUUGGCCCUUACGGUCCAGUAAACCCGUCGAAUGUACCUGGGCAACCUCAAUAUGGUCAAAGAUCGAAUGCAACUACUGACAGUCAAGGGGGUUCCCCUCAAUACCCAUCUUACCAAAGGCCCGGUUAUCCUACUCCUCAGCACGGGUACUAUCCUUCGAAUGAGCCGGGAAACAAUUACCCUUCAAAUCAGGGAGGUUACUACUCGAAUGGGUACCCAAGUUAUCAGAACUAUAACCCCAGCCAGCAGAACACGUUCGAAGUCCAAGAGACAUUGUGCGCUGAGCCCUGCGUCAACGCUGUAUGCAUCGACCACAACAGGUGCAGGUGUAAUCCAGGCUACAUAACAGAUGAGAAUGAUCCCAGCGGAAGUCGGUGUCGCCCACACUGCCCCGGCGGUUGCCUCAACGGUUACUGUGCGGCGCCGCACUCCUGUGCAUGUGACGAGGGCUACUACCGGGAUACCAGCGUCAAGGGCCACGCUGUGUGCGUCAAACGGAUUCGUUGAGCAGCUUUACAACUUCACUGGACCGCAAAGAAGGAUCGGUUACAAAAUUUUCAAUAUCUUAGAAAUACCUGACCUAGCUUUAUGAUUUGAAGAAUUUAAUAAAAAAUAAAAAUUACGAAAUUUUUACAGUACGUUUUAUUCCUUAAAGCUGGUUCAGGU